GAAGAGGAGGGGAGUCGGACCUUGAAGAAAUCUGAGGUCUUUCUUUGUCGUGUCGUUCGCUGGACCCCGACACAUGGGGUCAAAACGGGCCGAACGGGUGCACUCUGACGGACUCCUUCGGACGCGGACGCACGCAGAAGCCGAUGAGAGCGCGCACUAAUUAGGAAAACCUGGUCGAGCAAUUAAGCGCGAGGAGAGCAGACGCGCAGAUCGGAGCGCAGAAGGUGGGUGUCUGGCAUCACGAAAACUUUGCUGGGACGCUUCAGUUUCUUCUUACAGCCCAUCUGAGCCUCCGAGGAGUUUUUUGACACCCGCGAAUUGUGUUUUACGAGCAGAGUUGAAUCUAAAUUUGCGAAUUGGGUUCCACGUAACGAGCUGCGGAUCCGUGCGUGCCGGAGAACGAGCUCAUUUAGCUCCCCGGUCACCUUGGCAUCAUGAGUUGGAGCUUCUUAACUCGUUUGCUGGAUGAGAUCUCCAACCACUCCACCUUUGUGGGGAAGAUCUGGCUGACAGUCCUCAUCAUCUUCCGCAUCGUGCUGACGGCCGUUGGCGGUGAAACCAUCUACUAUGAUGAACAGAGCGCAUUUGUGUGCAAUACACAGCAGCCUGGGUGUGAGAACGUGUGCUACGAUGCGUUCGCGCCACUCUCACAUGUCCGAUUCUGGAUCUUUCAGGUGAUCUUGAUCACCACCCCCACCAUUAUGUACCUGGGAUUCGCCAUGCACAGGAUUGCUCGCAUGGAAGACAGCGAGUACCGGCCUCUCCGGAACCAGAAGAAGAGGAUGCCCAUCGUCAACCGUGGGGCAGCUCGAGGCUACGAGGAGGCAGAGAACAACGGAGAGGAGGAUCCCAUGAUUGCUGAAGAGAUUGAACAAGAGAAGCCCAACAAAGCUGAAAAAACCUCAGAGAAAAAGCAUGACGGCCGCCGGCGGAUCCAGCGUGACGGCCUGAUGAAAAUCUAUGUGUGCCAGCUGCUGUGGCGCUCCGCCUUUGAGAUUGCCUUCCUUUUCGGUCAGUACAUCCUCUACGGCUUUGAGGUGAUACCCUCCUACGUCUGCACUCGCUCGCCCUGCCCGCACACUGUGGACUGCUUCGUGUCCCGCCCCACCGAGAAGACCAUCUUCCUGCUGGUGAUGUAUGUGGUCUCUCUCCUCUGUCUGCUUCUUACCGUCUUUGAAAUGAUCCAUCUGGGGAUCGGUGGCAUCCGUGACACCUUCCGCAGGCGGGCCACCCUCAACUCUCGUGCUCCUCGUCCGUCCUCCUCGCGUGCCAUGCCUACAGCUCCACCUGGAUACCAUGCCACCAUGAAGAAGGAGAAACUGAAAGGACCGCUGAGGGACUCGCCAAUGGGUGACUCCGGGCGGGAUAGCUUCGGUGAUGAGGGGCCGUCAUCCAGGGAGCUGGAGCGGUUGAGGAGGCAUCUGAAGCUGGCCCAGCAGCACCUGGACCUGGCCUACCAGGUAGAUGAAGGAAGCCCUUCCCGGAGCAGCAGCCCCGAGGUCAACACAGCUGCGCAGUCGGCUGCUGAGCAGAACCGCCUCAACUUUGCCCAGGAAAAGCAGGGAGAGGCGAGUGAGAAAGGAAUACAUGCCUGAGCGUGCUUCCUGCCUCAAACGUCUGCCCUUCAUUCCUACUGGCCUUUAAACACAUGGGGGAAGCACAUAGCGGAGUGCAGUCAGACCACUGAGGGAGACCAGAGUGAGUGUGUGUGUGUGUGGAUGAGAGUAAUCUGCCUUUCAGUAUUAGGGGUCAGUCAGAAAGAAAGAAAAAUGCUGACCCAGCUGUGUUGUGACAAAUGGUUCAUCUAAACGACUCCAAACUUGAAAGCCUGCUCCAGAGUUUCUGCUUGCCAAAGUACAUCCAAAACCUCCACCGUGCCUUCGGAUAAAACCCAGUCUACACCCUGUUCUUUCGCCCACUCUGUGUUUUUGUGGCUCGUCCAUUUCAGACCUUGUAAGGAUUUACUGAAAGCAUUAAACUCCCCUGGCAAAAUGUACUUCUGUUGUCUUCCUCACAAAAGAGAGAAGCUCUCUGUUUAUAAGAUGUCGCUGAAUGUCUCACUUUGCUGGCCUCCGAGAGAAUCUCAAACAACACAGCCUUGGGUUAUGUCAUUUCUGGACCGUGUGCAGCAACUUUUUUAUAUUAUUCUUUUUCUUUUUUUUUUUUUUUUUUCCAAUGGCACAAGUGGCCUAACCUGUGCUCGUCAUGUUUCAUCUUUAAUUUAAACAGAUUUGAUGUUGGUUUAUUAUUUGCCAGAUACCACACCAUUUCCGAAAUAUUUGACAGAAUUUUGAAGCGUGUGUAUUUACUCCAAUCGGCCAAAAUGUUUACCUGGGAAAUGCUUGAAUUCUUUAUCGACAGGAAAUGUUGCAAGGAAUUUCCAAUCAUCUGUGUUGCCCAAUCACUUCAUUUAAAAUGCGACAUUUAUUUUGCCAGUACUUGAGUUUGAGAUUACCUUUGUCUGGAAGGAAGUGUGGCAUGAAUGCCACCCAUUUCACAUGACUGCUGAAACGAAGGUUCUUGGAUGUUAGUAAAUUGUUUUCUCCCCUAAAUUAUGUACUAUAAAAACGAUUCGCUGUGUUUGUGCAAAAUGUUAAAUAUAAUUUUUGUGGGAUUUUUUUUUUUUGCUCAACAGCUGGAAACAUCUGUCUUCUGGGCUACUCUCAACAAUGACAUACCAACCUUGUCUUUCGAAAUUUACAUUCUUCUAUGUUGAGACACAUUUUCCGUCUUUAAUAUGCACCGCUGCCCUUGCAUUGUGCACACACACACAGAUGCUUUCAUGCAUGUUGGAAAAACGCAGGAUGACACUCGGCUGCUGAUGCAGUCGCCUGGUGCCAUUUAAACGCAUUUAAUCUUCAGAUUGAUUGCCAGACUUUUGAUCAAUAGCUUCCCAUGUUCAUACAAAGCUCGUGCUUCUUCACAGCCUGUCAGCUGGUUUUAAAGAAAUGAACCUACAGAUUUCCGAAGAGCUGUUUGAUGCUGUAUGUUUGUAAUCAUCUCACAUUCAGUUUUGCUACUUACUGCAAGGUACGACAUUCCAUUUUGAAUAUGGUACUUCUUUCAUGGUUUAUACUUUUUUUUCCUAUUGCAAGUUUUGUAGUUUUUGUAGAGAUUAUUUUGUCUUCAGAGUAAAUAAAUAUAUUUGAAUGAUAA